UUUGGAAUCCACGACCCCAAAAAAAGUCCAGUCUUUGGGGAGCUCCAUCAGCAGCUCACUAUGGCCUCUUCAGUGGCUUCCAUGUCUCGAUUCGUCCACAAAGAUUGGUCAUCUCUAGCGAUCAAUGGCCUCUACGCUCGGGCCCCUUGCUCUCCUGCUAGAAGAGUCCAGACCCAUUCUGAUAUUGGAGGUGGGUUUUUGGCAGCUGGGGAAAGGAGAGCUCUGAGUGCUGCCGUUGUUUCAUCAAAGGCUUUGUCUCUUGUUCCAGUUCACAGGUCUCAACAAUUUUUGUGCAAAGCUGAAGCAAAUUUAUCUGGAGAUGUUCCUAGCAGUGCGCCUGCAGAGAUGAGCCAAUACGAAAGAAUUGUCGAAUUGCUCACUACCCUUUUCCCUGUUUGGGUCAUCUUAGGCACAGUCAUAGGCAUAUACAAGCCAUCAGCGGUUACUUGGUUAGAAACAGACCUUUUCACUGUUGGCUUGGGUUUCCUCAUGCUUUCAAUGGGUCUCACAUUGACCUUUGAGGAUUUCAAGAGAUGUAUGAGAAAUCCAUGGACUGUGGGUGUAGGAUUUCUUGCACAGUAUCUAAUCAAACCAAUGCUUGGGUUCUUCAUUGCAAUGACUUUAAAAUUGUCUGCCCCUCUUGCAACCGGUCUUAUUUUAGUCUCGUGCUGCCCUGGUGGUCAGGCAUCAAAUGUUGCAACUUACAUAUCCAAAGGAAAUGUUGCGCUCUCAGUUCUGAUGACAACUUGUUCAACAAUUGGUGCAAUCAUCAUGACCCCGCUCCUUACAAAGCUCCUUGCUGGGCAGCUUGUUCCGGUUGAUGCUGCGGGCUUGGCCCUCAGCACUUUCCAGGUCGUCCUAUUGCCAACUAUCGUUGGAGUGUUGUUACAUGAGUACUUCCCCAAAUUCACUGGGCGAAUAAUCACACUCACGCCAUUGAUCGGGGUUAUGCUUACUACUCUUCUUUGUGCAAGCCCUAUUGGUCAAGUAUCAGAAGUUCUGAAGGCGCAAGGGGGACAACUUAUACUUCCUGUGGCUCUUCUACAUGCUGCUGCAUUUGCUCUUGGUUACUGGCUUUCCAGGUUUUCAACUUUUGGUGAAUCCACUUCUCGUACAGUUUCCAUAGAAUGUGGAAUGCAGAGUUCUGCACUUGGGUUUCUACUAGCGCAGAGGCACUUCACAAAUCCUCUUGUUGCAGUUCCUUCCGCUGUCAGUGUUGUUUGUAUGGCGCUUGGAGGAAGCGCUCUCGCUGUUUUCUGGAGGAACAAGCCUAUUCCAAUCGAUGACAAGGAUGAUUUUAAAGAGUGAACCAAGAAUUCUUUAACUUUUAUUUACUUUUAGCUCGUUUGCUUUGGUGUUGAGCAAACCUUAGUGUUGAAUUUCUAUUUAGUUUGCAUUCUAGUAGUAUCUUCUAUUUGCUGGUUUGAGGACGCUAAUGAACUUAGUUCUUAGCUUAUGGAGUUGUACUUCAUUAGCUAAUCAGGGGUCCUAGGAUUGGAAAAAAUAAAUCCCUGCGAUUUUAUUUAGCAGGGCUUUUUAGACCUUUUUAUGCAGAAUUGAUUAGAGAAAUAUGGGGAUUUAAGAAAGUUUAUAAUUAAAGCGUGUGCUGGACUUUCUUUUCUUUUA